UAUUGACAAUGUCAAAAACAAGCUAACCUUCACACGUCUGUGAUAACUUACGGUUUUCUCUGCCAAAUUUCCUUUGGCGGAUAUAAAUACGACACAGUCCCUCCUGAUUCCAACAAUUUUUUCUUCACAUCUCGCAGAUUUGAAUCCAUGGAGAAAGAAAAUAAACAGUCAAAGCUGAAGAGCAGGAUCUUGAAGAUACUGCCAAAAGCUGCAGCGGCAGUCACAUUCCAAAACCUUCCCUUCAGCCCUGGCCGGGAUCACAAGUUCAAGAGCCAUGGCGGAAAAGGCUUCUUCUCUGGCCCCAUGAUUCCCGACGAGGCUAGAAGAAAACCCAGGGAUGGCGGCGUCGAAACUCAAGAGCCCACAUCGCCCAAAAUCUCCUGCAUGGGACAGAUCAAGCACAAGAAAAAGCACAUUAAAAAGGGAGGGCCGAAGACCAUGUCGAUGCCCACACGCGCUGCAGAAACCGCGGAUUCCACCACUCCCAGAGACGCCACGGAGGAAAAGAAACGGGCUUCGAAGUUUCAGAGGAUGUUGUUCAACACGGGGAAACCGAAACCUGCGGCGAGGAAAAAAUCUGAUGCGGGCGACGACAGAGCGCCGCCGGUGGGUCACAUGAGGCGAUUUGCAAGUGGGCGUGAGACUUUUUCGAAUUUCGAUUGGAAGGCCCAGAUUGCGCCUGAUGAAAGGGAUUGCUAUUCGGACAACGAUGAUAGAGUGGAGAGCGAUGCAGAGGAUGAGGUGGUAAUCCCUUUCUCUGCUCCUCUGACGGCCGGUGGUGCUCCUAUGCUGAGUGUGCAGCCUCGGAAAGAAAUUAAUCUGUGGAAGAGAAGAACCAUGGAAGCACCUAGGCCUCUUCAGUUGAAUCCUGUGCUUACUGCCAAAUGAUUCUUUGCUUAUUCAGAUUUUUAGGUUUCUUUUUAUUCAUUUCUUUCAUUCUCUAAACAAACACUGUUCUUGGUGUUCAUGAACACGUAUUUUGUUUCCUUCUUCUUCCAUCGUUGUGUAUAGAAAAGAUGGUUAAUCAUAAA